UGCGUUAUUUUACACGAUUAAAUAACAUCGUUAAUUAUUCUGUUCCAAAAAUAUAUAAUUCAACAUUCACUUUAUGCGUUUUAAAAGCUGUGAAAAACUACCGGUUAUAACCGAUAGUUCCUCCGGUAGUUUUUCAAAAUCUCCGGUAGUUCUCCGGUUGUUUUUUUCAGGAGGUUUUUUUCCUCCGGAGGAAAAAACUACCUGAAACCCACACCACUACCAACUACCCCACCUAUAUCCCGGGCGAAAAAAUGAUCAUAAAGAAUCGCAAUGGCCAGUUUUCUCAAUUCAUCAGCAUGUUAAAUAACAGGUUACCAAAAGUUAGAGGAACUAAAAAGGUCUUAGCUAAUAAUCAAUUACUCAUUUCCACUGGGCUUCCUUCGUUAGAUACUAUUAUUGGAGGUGGUAUUCCAGUCGGCAGCAUAUUUUUAUUAGAGGAAGAUGAAUUUGGAGCAUUUAGUCAGAUAAUACUGAAGCAUUACUUAGCCGAAGGUGUACUGUCAGACCACACUUUGGUAUUUGCCAGUCCCGAAUUAGAAGUUAAAAAAUUCAUCUCGAAAUUACCAGCUCCUGUUACUGAAAGCCAGACUGUCGAUACGGAGGAUGAUUUACCAAUGUCAGGUGAACUUAAAAUUGCAUGGCGAUACCGUGAUCAAACGCAAGAAUCUUCUGAACCUGGAGCUACUUUAUUCGGCCAUACUUAUGACUUGACUAAACGUUUUGAUAAGUCAGUUUUGGAUAAGAUUCAUCUAAAUUCGUGGGUAAAUUCAGAAGAAAAGUGCGCAUACGAUGACUUGUUUAAUUUUCUUCGAGAUAUCGUGCAAGAUACCAAGUAUAGUUUCAAUGCUCCGGUGGAGAACCGUACAGUUUUGAGAAUCGCGCUUCAUUUACUCGGGAAUAUGUUUUGGACCGGAGAUUUCAUCAAGUUUUUGAUAAAAUUACGAGUUUUGUUAAGGAAUACUUGCUCAACUUGUUUUAUUACUGUUCAACCAAAUUUAUUUGAAAAAAAACACGAGCUUCAUCGCAGCGAACAUUUGUCCGACACAGUUAUCAGGUUACAGUCUUUAUUGAACGAUGGAAAUCCAUUGUACAGCGAUUACGAUGGUCUGUUAUUUUUGGAAAAAUUACCAGCGAUUAAUUCUUGGAAUUGUUAUAUUCCUGAAAGUAAUGAUUGGGCAUUCAAGUCGAAAAAGAGACAUUUCCGUAUAGAAAAGUUGCAUAUUUCUCCGGAUAUUCAAGAAAACACCCACCGAGAAAGUGAAGACGUUUCUAAAGAAUACGAAACUCAGAAAAUAAUUGCAUCGGUUGCGAAUCAAUUUUGAAAAUAUUCUUAUGGAAUGUAACGUUGUUUAUGUAUUACUGGUAAGUAUAUUCCUAGAUGGAAAAUUUUCAACUGACUUCUACCUACGUACAACAUACAUUGUGAUAUAAUUUUUCGUUGAAUUAAUUUCAGGUAAUUCGUUCUGUUUUAUAAGAAUGUAAUUUUAUUAAAAGCUUUUUAAUUAAUGCAAAAGUUCAAA